CAGCAUUUGUCUGAACUCACUCUGACAGACGGACAUUUGACGCAAGUUAAAUACCAAAAUGUCGGCCUCGGGUGAUGCUUAUAAAGUGAUUGGCCAACUGCCCAACCCCAGCACCUGGUAUUCCUAAGCAGUCUCCAAGUACUAACCAGGACCGACCCUGCUUAGUUUCCAAGAUCGGACGAGAUCUGGCAGCAUGUGGGGAUUGGCCCGCUACUUGGCUAGAGUGUCUUCCCUGAAGGGAAAAGUGACCCUGAUCACAGGUGCCAGCUCAGGUAUCGGUGCAGGUACGUCGGUCCUGUUUGCUAAGCUGGGAGCUGUGCUGGCUCUCAAUGGCAGAGACGUGGAGAAUCUGCAGAAAGUGGCCAAGGAGUGCAAAGAGUGUGGUGGAGGAGCUGAGCCCUUGCUUGUGCCUGGUGACCUGACAGACGAGGACACGGUGAAGAGGAUUGUGCCAGAAGUCAUGGCGCGGUUCGGCCGACUGGACGUCCUGGUGAACAAUGCUGGUAUCCUGGCCAUGGGCGGCAUCGAGACGUCAGACCUGGCAACGUACGACAGAGUCAUGAACAUCAAUGUCAGAUCUGUGUACCACCUGACCCAAGUCUGUGUGCCUCACUUGAUCAAGACUAAAGGCUCCAUCGUCAACGUUUCCAGCAUCACCGGAAUGAGACCGGUCCCUGGUAUCCUGGCCUAUUGUAUGUCCAAGUCUGUCAUUGACCAAUUCACUCGCUGUGUCGCUCUGGAACUGGCUUCGAAACAAGUUAGAGUCAACUCUGUAAGUCCUGGUGUAGUCGCCACGAAUGUGUUCAAGAGAGCAGGAAUGGACGAGAAGGCGAAUGCUAAGGUCCUUGAACAGUGCAAGCUGACUAAUGCACUUGGCCGACCGGGCGAAGUGGAUGAGGUGGCCAACAGCAUCGCCUUCCUGGCAUCAGACACCGCUAGUUUCAUUACUGCAGUCAACCUCCCCAUUGACGGAGGCCACCAUGCCAUGAUUCCAAAAGAAACCUUAACUGUGUAAUAAUUAUAUAAUAAAGUGCAUCUGUGGUUUUGCAGUGCAAAUGAUCAAUCAUAAAGCACAUGCAAUAUGACUCGGGUAAAAUGUCUGACACUGUCAAAGAAGGGUUUCUAUCAUUACUAUCUUUGUAAAGCCAUAUUUUUGGGAACAAAGCUCUUGUAUUGGAUGUCGUUAAAUUAGACCGGUGUACCUAUCCAAAUUUCCCUCAUGGGAUGAAUAAA